AUGAAGUUCUUCAAGUCAUUCGCCGUAAGUGCUGCUUAUUUGGUCGCCCUCUCUGGGGCUGUUGAUUCCAACGGUACUGUCGUAACGACUCCUGCUGGCAACGACAACGCCGCCACCUCGAGUCCUGCUAUGACUACUGCUCCAUCGCAACAGGGUUCUCCUAAUGGUCCUACGUCUAGUGUCACUACUGGUGCCAAUAACAAUGGUACUCAAACUGGUACCACGCCUUUGCCUGCUGGUGACGUUGCUGCAUGCCCUACUGGUUGGUGUCUCGAUUACCAGUUCAAUCCUG